CGAGCCCCGGAGAGAGCGCGAGUGACAUGGCGGCGACUAGCGACGAUUUCUCUCGUUUACGUGACGAAGCCUGAUUGCCGUGGCAAGAACCGGUGGGCCCAAGAUUCAGCCCAGCGUCGGCAACCCCCUUUCCCACCCCCCGGAGGCCUGGGUUCGUACACCCGGAGCAGACGAAGAAGAAGGACGAGGACGAGCAACAGCAGCCGAAGCGGGUAACGAGUUUAAAAGUCCCUGGAUCAGAGUUCAACGAACUGGACAAAUCCUCCCUCUCCCUCCCUCCCUCCACAAGCACAAGCACACGCACCAGACAGACAGACGAGGCGUUCAGCUUAAUCACAACAAUCGCUACUCCCGCAUACGACACAUUCUCGGUCGUUGUUGUGGAUUCUGCAUCUGAGCAAUUGUUCGGUAGAAGGGACGGGACGGACAGACAGCAUCGAGCUUCGUCGUCGUCUUCGUUUUGACUGGUAGCUCGCUCGCUCGAUUGAUUGAUUGAUUGACUGGCUGGCUGCUAUAGCUGCAGCUACUCACCGGACGGUCGGUGUGCUGGUGAACGCGUCUCUCUUCCAUGGGUGAGCAGUCGUACCAGAAAAUGUUCCAAAAUACAGCUCGAGACUUUUGCGCGUGAUGCAUUUGCAGCAGAAGGCAGGCAUUCAGGCAUGCAGGCAUUGUAGGCACGGAUCGAGCCGAGUCCGGAAAUUGGGUGGCAGUCUCUGUGGAAUUUGGUUUUCGUUUCGUUUUGCAAUCGGAAGACAGGGCAAUCGUAAGAUGAUCGAUCAUCUUGGGAAUUUGGCGUUGCAGUCGAUCGGCAAAAGAGAGGAUAGCUCCUCCUCUCAUAGUCUGAGCUGAUUCCUCUGAACCUUGGUGCACGUCGAUUCAUUUGCCCAGGGUGCAAAACCAUGAAUUCAACUGGCAUCACCAUCCGGGACUGCAUUUUGGGCUUACAGCAAUUCACUGUCCCGUUGCUCCGACUGUGAAUUCUCCUUCGUGGGCCCGACGUACGACGAGCAGCACUGAGCGAUUCCUUGUUUCUGAUAUAGUCCUCCCGUACCUCGCAAGCACAAUGCUCUCCGCGCAUGUGUUGUAAAAGGGCCAUGCGUGUGCCGUCAUGUGUCUUACUGGCCGCUCCGGAAGUGCGGACGAUCAAGACCUGACUCAUGGAAUUCGUGCCAAGCUGCUACAAUACUCGCGAGAUAAACAAAAGCCGAAGGUUUCUAAGAAGUUGCCUCGGUCGAGGCUGUCUUCCAGUUACUCCGUGAAGAAAUCCGAACUCUCUGCCAAGAAGGAAUCCUUCAAGAGACCAGGCUCUUUAACCAAAGUUGAAUCCGGCGAAAAAUCUGAAGCUAUGGCGAUAACUGUUCCCUCGUCAAAAACCUCCGAGCAGCCCCACGCGGAGUUCACCACAAGUGCUGAAUCUGCACAGCAACCGAGCCAUCCGCAGUCUGUCCUUGUGUCCGCCUCUCUCGUCGGUAAGAUGAAGGCCAAACAGGGGAAAGGCAUGAAGGGGAUGAUUUCAGGGAUGGGGAAGGAGCUCAAGCGAGUGGCCAACAGUCUCGGAGACACCGUUCACGACCACAUGCCCAACUCUGCAAAUAAGAAGAAUAAAGCCACGCGAGACAGGCAGCUGCUCAUGGGUGAUGCGCAAAAGCCUCAAGUGCGCAAUCCUGCCGAGAUCAAGAAGGCGUACGGUUAUUCAUCUGACGCGACUCAUGCGGCAGAGCUCGCUCAUGAUAAAUUACGUGAACGAGGGAAAAAGCUAUCGGCCAUACAAAAUCGCACCACGGAACUUGAAUCCGAGGCAGCGAAUUUUGCAUCUCUGGCUCAAGAGUUGCAGAAGAAGAUGGAAAACAGGAAGUGGUACGAGCUGUGACGAAACAGGAGUUGUCUCAACCGGACUGAACUUUAGCGAGAAACGAAACCACAUCCGAUGCUCAUGUGACCGAUAACUUCAACAGCUGCGGAAUGUGUUGCACUUGCCCACCAGUUCCAUGCUGGACUCACUCCAAGGAUCAGGAUUCCACGACAACAGGAGCCUACGUGAACUGAGCAGCAGCAGCAGAGCCAUGUCUAGGAGCACGAAGCAUCCUGUGCCAACAUUGUACGCAUACUCCAGACCUCUAAGUGAACCUGAAAUUGACUUGGAACAAGCGUAUGAAUUAUCUCCAACUCCGAUCGAAGCGAUGAAUUAUCUCCAACUCCGAUCGAAGCGAAUUCCGGGAGGUUAUUUAUUGCAGCCCUGCCCUUGAAUACUUCUCUCGUGGUUUCGGUCAGGAGCAAGCGAGACUACAAUUAUCUUCUACAUCAUUAGAGAGUGCUGUAGUGUAGUCAUGCACAACACGAGCCACAUGACGCGGUCGUGAUUUCCAAAUUGAUCAUGUGUAUUAUACGGUAGUGAACAAAUGGAUGGUGUUAGCCUUGAUUUAAUCCUCCCAUGGUUUAGCAAAGUUGGACAGCAAAUUGUCCCCUCUAUUUUCCAAGCACCUAGAAGCAUGAAAUAAAAAUGUCAACCUCAGUAGACUAUUAGUUUGUUGAAAUAUUCUUUCGUGCCCGUUUACGUUACCUGUAGGAUAGAUGAUUCAAGGAGUGGAAAAAAUUUGCUGAAUGCUAUACACUAAUAAAGAAAUAAGC